UGGAGCGCCGGCGGCCUUGAAUUCUUCAGCCUUCCACAGAGUAUAAAAGCUGAGGGUGUCUUCCAAACAGUCACAGUUCAGUGUCUGUCUUCUUCCUUCUUCUCACAGAGUUACAGGUCUAUCGCAGUCCCAGCUUUCAACAUGAGUAUGCUAACCUUCGUCACCCUCUCAGCCGUGUUGGUUGCUCUCACCUCCGCACAGGCACAGGUACCUUUCAACCACUUUCAGGCACCUCAGUCAAUCAGAUCAGCCAAUCACAUUCCAGUUGUCUCCCGCACCGAGGAUCGUCAUGAUGAUGGAGCUUUCAACUUCAAAUACCUCACCGGAGAUGGUCAGUCCGUGCAAGAGUCAGGAGUCACCAAGAGGAACCACGAAAACGACGGAAAUGUAAUCGUCAAAUCCGGCUCAUACCAGUUCACCUCACCAGAGGGCAUCACUUACCAAGUCACGUACACCGCUGAUGAGUACGGAUUCCACCCUGUUGCCAGCCAUCUGCCACAGCCUGUUGUAGCUCCACCCGUCACGUUCUAAACACCGCAACGCUAGAUAGCACUGUAACUAAUUUUUUACUAAAUGUACGAGACCGAUUUCUAAGUCAUAAUUAAAUUCGAUUUUUAAUAAUAAACGAUGACGUUUCA